AUGGAUGAUAUUAAAGAAAAUAGUAUCCAUCAUAUGACCGUUAAAAUUUGUGAAGAAUUGAAUAAAUCUCCACAUUAUAAUAAAUUAUUUGAGGAUAUUCAGAAAUUGGUGAUAACACCUAGUGUAAAAGCUGAAGAUUUUAAAAAUUCUCUUCUGAAAGCGAUGCAGGACAACGGUUUGGAAGCUCAAUUGAAAAAUACCAUUUACAGAUUUGUUAAGUCUAAGAAGAAAGAAGUAAAUAGUUAUGAUGCUUUUUUCAGGAAAUGCCAAAUUCACUGGGACAAACGUAUCCACAAAUCAUUAAAUUCUAUGUGUAACGAAUUGGGUAUAAAUUUGGCGAAACCACGUAUAACAAGUGACAAGGAAGAAAUUUCAAAUAAAUGGACAGAGCUCAGCAAUUACGAAGUGAAUAUACAAAAAUACAGACCAGUUUAUGCACCAAAAGAUUUCUUGGAAGUGCUGUUAAAUUUGAAAGGACCUCCAGACGAGAAAUGCACAGAGGGAAAUUCAGGUUGGCAGUUCAGCCAAAUUCCACUAAAAGUGAAAAAUUUAGGAGAUUUAAGAAGUUUUUAUUCGGAGUUGUCCAGAGGGGAGCACAUAUUGACAGCUACAAAUUCUCUAAUUAUGACAAGUAGCUUCGCACUUUUCGAAGAAGAAAGAAUAAGUUUGGGAGAGAAAGUACUUUCAAAAAAUUACGCACCAAUCGCGCAGGAAUUUUUGAAGAAAGGUUGUCCAAGAUGCUUACGAGCCAAAAUGUGGACUUUAUUAUUAGGAUCCGAUGUUAGAGACUAUGAGCUGAAGUAUUUUCAGAUGUUGAAAGAUCACGUACUUCAGUAUGAUUUAAUGAUAGAUAAAUUGAUAAUUAAAGAUAUCACUUUGACUGCUUCAAACGAUGAUCAAUAUUUCGUGUUUGAGGAUGUACUCUUCCAAGUUAUGUUGUGUUUUUCACGAGAUUCGGAAGUUUUGAAAAAUCUUCCGAGUCAACCAUCUUUUAUGCAAGUUGUCGUUAAAGGAAAAACAGGAGCUUCUGAAAAUAACACUACCACCAUAGUGUUUCCUCCAAGUGGAGUUAUUCCUUUUCACGGGUUCUCAAUGUACGCUGCCCCAUUCUGUUACAUCUACGACAAUCCAGUGGAUUUAUAUUUUUCAUUUAGAGCUUUCUACUUGAGGUAUUGGCACAGACUGCAUCGUGUUUGUGGGAAUUCGCAAGGAAUAGUUUCACUUUGCUUGCAAUUCGAAAAGUUGUUGCAAUGUUUCGAUCCCCUGUUAUGGAACCAUUUCAAAAAAUACAACAUACCACCAUUGAGGUUGGUCAUAAAAUGGAUAAUGCGCGCAUUCAGCGGCCAUCUUCCUCCAGAGCAGCUCCUUUCGUUAUGGGAUUUGGUAUUAGCAUACGACUCACUAGAAAUUGUAUCACUUUUAGCAGUCGCCAUAUUGAUAUUUCGCAGGGACAAUUUAAUGAAAGUAUCUACAUUACAAAAUAUCGAAGCCGUACUAGCGGAUCUUUCGAGCAUAGCGGUUGUACCGUUAUUGCAAAUGGCGCUUAUGAAGGACGUUUAA